AUGCAAGGAACAGGAAGUAGGAAUAAGACAACCAAAAAAGUUUACACCACCAUUAAUGAAACUGAGACACAAUGCGGAAUCCUGAGACCAGUUUCUGAAAUUCCUAAACAAUUCAGGGCAAUCUUUAAAGAAUUUCCUUAUUUUAAUUACAUACAGUCAAAAGCCUUGGAUGAUCUUCUGUAUUCAGAUAAGAAUUUUGUCAUGUGUGCACCAACUGGAUCUGGAAAGACAGUGCUUUUUGAAAUAGCAAUUGUUCGAUUACUGAUGGAAGUGCCAGCUCCUUGGACAAACAUCAAGAUAGUAUACAUGGCACCCAUAAAAGCAUUAUGUGGCCAACGAUUUGACAACUGGAAGGAGAAAUUUGAACCGAUUGGACUACAAUGUAAGGAGCUGACAGGAGAUACAGAGGUGGAUGACUUAUUUGAGAUUCAACACGCUCACAUUAUCAUGACAACUCCAGAGAAAUGGGAUUCCAUGAGUAGAAAAUGGAGAGACAAUACGUUGGUUCAGCUAGUUCGGCUCUUUCUUAUAGAUGAGGUGCACACAUUGAAGGAUGAAAACCGAGGGGCAACACUUGAAGUUGUGAUCAGCAGGAUGAAAACAAUGCAGGUUUUGCUGGCAUCAACCAACAGUGGAGGCAUACAACUACCCAUGAGAUUUGUGGCUGUUUCAGCAACAAUUCCCAAUGCUAAUGAUAUUACAGAGUGGCUAUCAGAUGGAGAGUGUCAAGCCAUUUGUAUGAAAAUGGACGAAUCUCACCGACCAGUGAAACUACGCAAAGUGGUAUUAGGAUAUCCUAGUGGUGCUAAUCAAACAGAAUAUAAAUUCGAUAUAACCCUUAACUAUAAGGUAGCAGGUGUUAUACAGACCUAUUCUGACCAAAAGCCAACGCUUGUGUUUUGUGCCACCAGGAAAGGAGUACAACAAGCUGCUUCUAUCUUCGCAAAAGAUGCAAAAUUUAUCAUGAGCAUUGAGCAUAAGCAAAGGCUGCAGAAGUCUGCUAAUGCUGUAAAAGAUGGAAAACUGAGAGAUCUUAUUCUUUACGGUGUUGGAUACCACCAUGCUGGAAUGGAUGUGGCUGACAGGAAAAUUAUUGAAGCAGCUUUUACGGAGGGAGAUAUGCCAGUACUUUUUACCACCAGUACUUUGGCUAUGGGUGUUAACCUUCCAGCUCAUUUGGUGGUCAUAAAAUCCACACUGCAUUAUGCAUCAGGAAUGUUCCAGGAGUACAGCGAGACAGACAUUCUGCAAAUGAUUGGAAGAGCAGGCAGACCUCAGUUUGAUUCUUCAGCCACGGCUGUUAUCAUGACAAGGUCAUGCACUAAGGAGAAAUAUAUACAAAUGUUAGAUGGUGCAGACACAAUUGAAAGCAGCCUGCACAGACAUCUUGUGGAACAUCUGAACGCAGAAAUAACACUGCAUACCAUCACAGAUGUUAACAUUGCAUUGGAGUGGAUCCGAUCAACAUUUUUAUACAUCAGGACACUGAAGAAUCCAUCUCACUAUGGCUUCCAAAGAGGAUUAGACAAAGUGGGCAUUGAAGCUGAAUUGCAAGAGCUGUGUUUGAAAAAUUUAAAUGAAUUAUCAUCUGUUGGAUUAAUUGAAAUGGAUGAAGAUGUUAAUUUUAAGCCUACAGAAACUGGUAAACUAUUAGCAUCAUAUUAUAUUGCCUUUGACACAGCCAAACUGUUCUACAGUAUUCAUGGAAAAGAGACCUUGUCAGAAAUGGUCACAAUCAUAUCUUUGUGUAAAGAGUUCUCUGAUAUCCAACUCCGAACAAGUGAGAAGAAAUUACUCAAUACAAUGAACAAGGACAAGAACAGAAUUACUAUCAGGUUUCCACUGGAGGGGAAAAUAAAAUCCAGGGAAAUGAAAGUGAACUGUCUUCUACAGGCACAACUUGGAUGUAUUCCUGUUCAAGAAUUUUCACUAACACAGGACAUGGCAAAGAUUUUCCGACAUGGCAUACGAGUGACUAAAUAUCUGCAUGAGUUUCUCGCAUUGCAAGAAAAGAAAUUCAUGGCAUUUCUGAAUGCUUUAAUUCUGGCUAAGUGCUUCAGAUGUAAAUUAUGGGAAAAUUCUUCACAUGUGUCCAAACAGCUGGAAAAAAUUGGUGUCACCCUGGCUAAUGCUAUGGUAAAUGCAGGACUGACAUCUUUUCAAAAAAUAGAAGAUACAAACCCCCGAGAGCUGGAGCUGAUUGUUAACAGGAAUCCUCCAUUUGGAAAUCAAAUAAAAGAAUUGGUACUUCAUCUUCCAAACUAUAAGCUUGGCAUUGAACAGUUGGCAAAAUACAACUUAUCAGAGGCAGAAAUUGUUGUUACUGUCCUGUUAACAAAUUAUGAGAGGUUACAAAAAAAGAGAACAGCACCAGAUUCUCAUCAUGUUACACUUCUUAUUGGAGACUCCGAUAAUAAUCUUGUCUUCAAGCAGAAAAUAAGGGACUCUGCUUUGUUGAAAUCAGGAACCUGGACACGAAAAAUCAACAUAAAAAGGGUUUUUACUUCUGAUGAGCUAAGUGUCAAUUUGAUCAGCUCUGAGUAUGUUGGCCUUGAUAUUCAGCAAAAGUUUAGAGCUGUUUAUGUGGGAACCCACAAAUUAGAACCAAAUAUUGAUGCUGAAUCAAUGUCUGAUAGUAAAUAUUUAAGCAACAGCAACAUGCAGCUUAUCUCUGGAUACCCCAGCUUGCAGACAGUGCUAAAAACUGGUAUGAGAGAAUGUAACCAUCACUGCAAAAAUAAAGACGUUUGUGGACACGAAUGCUGUAAAAUUGGAGUCUCUCACAAAGCUGACAGUAAAACUAAUUCAAACUUCUCUUCAUAUCUGAGUGAUCUAAGGAGUCGAAAUUCAGUUUCAUCGGCUCCACCAGUGAAGAGACUAAAGAUGCAAGGUGAGAGGACUACAAGUCUACAAAAGUUUGUCUACACACCUAAACCUGCCAUCAAUGCCUUUUGGCGGCCACCAACAUUGACAGCUGCAGCAGCUCAAACAGCAACACAAGAGCCUUUUGAUGAUAAUCAGAGAAGUUAUACAGAUCAGCCACCAGAUGGAGCAAGCUGCAUAUAUUCUGGGAACAAAGCUUAUGGAAGUCCGCAGAGUGAAAAUAUUACUGACUGUCAGAAGAAGCUCGCUGACAUAGACAACUACAGCUCGUGGUCUGCGGAACCUGCCAGUGUGACAUUUGAUUUGGGAAGUGAUGUUUGGGACAAUUUUGAUGAUGACAGUUUGCUUGGUGACAGCAGUUUUGUGACAUCAGUGGAGACACCAGUUUUAGGUGACAUGAUCCUGGAAUUCGUGUGCUUGUAUGCGCAGCAAGAGUGGGGGUCUCAGUGGCUGAUCCGUGAUGGGACUGGCUGA